GUGGCAGGUGUGUGGUGUGUGUGGCAGGUGUGCAGCGGGUAUGUGGCCGGUGGGGGGACGAGGCCAGCCCCCCACAGCACCCAGCACUUGGUGACACAGCUGUGGCCGCUCUCACACCCUCUCUCCUUGCAGAAUACAAGAAGAAGUACGGGGAAGAGCAUGGCUCCUGCCAGGCGGGGAUCGCAGGCUUCUUCACCGAGGAGCUGGUGGUCAUGGGUGCUCCUGGGUCGUUUUAUUGGGCCGGGACAGUCAAAGUUCUGAAUGUCACGGACAACACCUAUUUUAAACUCAACGAUGAGACAAUCAUGAAUAGGCGGUACACAUACUUGGGCUACGCAGUGGCUGCCGGACACUUUUCUCACCCAUCCAUCACCGAUGUGGUGGGAGGAGCCCCACAGGAUGAAGGCAUCGGGAAGGUGUAUAUUUUUAGAGCUGACCGAAGAUCAGGCACCUUGGUCAAGAUUUUCCAGGCAUCUGGUAAAAAGAUGGGGUCGUACUUUGGGUCCUCGCUGUGCGCAGUGGACCUGAACGGUGAUGGCCUCUCCGACCUGCUGGUGGGCGCCCCCAUGUUCUCCGAGAUCCGGGACGAGGGGCAGGUCACCGUGUACAUCAACCGAGGGAAUGCAGGCCUGGAGGAGCAGCUGGCCCUGGCCGGCGACCAUGCCUAUAAUGCACACUUCGGGGAGAGCAUUGCCAGCCUGGGCGACCUGGAUGACGACGGCUUCCCCGAUGUGGCCAUCGGCGCCCCCAAGGAGGACGACUUUGCCGGGGCCGUCUACAUCUACCACGGUGAUGCCGGAGGGCUGGUCCCCCAGUACUCCAUGAAACUGUCUGGGCGGAAGAUAGACCCCAUUCUGCGGAUGUUUGGGCAGUCCAUAUCAGGGGGCAUUGAUAUGGACGGAAAUGGAUAUCCUGAUGUCACUGUGGGAGCCUUCAUGUCCGACAGUGUGGUUCUCUUGAGAGCCAGGCCUGUCAUUACGGUGGACGCCUCCAUCUUCCUCCCCGAGUCCAUCAACAUCACAGCCCCGCGGUGCCACGACGGCCAGCAGCCUGUCACCUGCCUGACUGUCACCACCUGCUUCCGGUUCCACGGCAGACGCAUUCCAGGGGAAAUCGAACUCAAUUACGUCCUGACCGCCGACGUGGUCCAAAAGGAAAAAGGCCAGCCACCCAGAGUCUACCUGGUUGUGUCCGGAGAGUCUGCUGGCCAGGUGGCAGAGACAUUGCAUCUGACCCAUGGGGAGGAGGACUGCCGGGACUACACGGCCCACGUCAAGCCUAGGGUGCGAGAUGUCAUCAGCCCCAUCGUGUUCGAGGCCGCCUACAGCCUGGGAGCCCACAAGGCUGGGGAGGAGGAGGAGAGGGAGCUGCCGGCACUGACUCCCGUACUGCGCUGGAAGAAAGGGCAGAAGGUCGCCCAGAAGAACCAGACAGUCUUCGAGAGGAAUUGCCUGUCGGAGGACUGCGCGGCCGACCUGCAGCUCCGAGGCAAGCUGCUGCUCUCCAGUGUGGAUGAAACAACUCCAUAUCUAGCUCUAGGGGCAGUGAAGAAUAUCUCUGUCAACAUCUCCAUCUCCAACCUGGGGGACGACGCCUACGAUGCCAGCGUGUCCUUCAAUGUCUCCCGGGAGCUCUUCUUCAUCAACAUGUGGCAGACGGAAGCCUCAGGCACUUCCUGCGAGCUCCUGGCAUCCGACUUUCUCAAGUGCAGUGUGGGAUUUCCGUUCAUGAGGUCUGCGUCCAAGUAUGAGUUCAGCAUGAUCUUUGACACUAGCCACCUGUCUGGGGACGAGGACAUACUCCGCUUCAUUGUGACUGCGCAGAGUGGGAAUGUGGAGCGCGCCGACGCCAUUCAUGACAACACACUCAUACUGACAGUGCCGUUGCUGCACGAAGUGGACACCUCCAUGACAGGGAUCGUGUCUCCAUCUUCCUUUGUGUACGGGGAGUCUGUGGACAAGUCCAACUUUGUGCAGCUGGAAGACCUGGACUGCCAUUUCCAGACCCUCAACAUCACCCUCCAGGUCUACAAUUCUGGCCCGAGCGCCCUCCCAGGCUCCUCCGUCAGCUUCUCUUUGCCCAACCGUCUGUCCUCCAUGGGGGCAGAGAUAUUUCAAGUCCAGGACGUGGUGGUGGCCCAGGAGAAGGGAAACUGCUCCUUCCAAAAGAACCCCACACCCUGCGUCGUCCCCCAGGAGCAAGGAAACAUCUUCCACACCGUCUUUGCUUUCUUCACCAAGUCCGGGAGGAAGGUGUUGGACUGUGGGAAGCCGGGGAUCUCUUGCCUGACGAUCCACUGUGAUCUCAGCGCCCUGGGCAGAGAGGAAGGCCGCACCAUAGAGAUUCACACGCUGCUGAACACGGAAAUACUGAAGAAGGACAGCGCCUCUGUCAUCCAGUUCAUGGCCCGAGCUCGAGUGAAGGUGGAGCCGUCCUUACGGGUGGUGGAAGUGGCCCACGGAAACCCAGAAGAAAUGACGGCCGUCUUCGAGGCUCUGCACAACAUGGAGCCUCGGGGCUACGUGGUGGGCUGGAUCAUCGCCAUCAGUUUACUGGCCGGCAUCCUCAUCUUCCUGCUGCUGGCCGUGCUGCUGUGGAAGUUGGGCUUCUUUCGCCGAAGGUACAAAGAAAUCAUCGAAGCGGAGAAGAACCGGAAAGAAAACGAAGACAGCUGGGACUGGGCGCAGAAGAACCAGUGACCUGCCUGCAGUCCCGCCCCCAUCAUGUGCCGCGGGUCACCUGCCCGCACAGGCCCCGCCCCUGUCACAUGCCACCGGUCACCUGCUCUGGGACCCUCCUGUCACGUGCCGGCCGGUCACAUGCCUGCGGCCCCUUCAUUUUGUGUAUCUUCCAUAUUUGGAAGAAAAGGAAAUCUUCUCCAGAUUUUUCGGAGGCCCCUCUGAUGCUAAUUUUGUUUUUUCCCCACUUCCUUCUCCUCCUUAUCCGCUCCCAUCCAGGUGCUGGCCUGAGACAGCCACUUCCCCUCAAGUCACAGGACUGGCCACCACCUUCUCCACCACCACCACCUCCAUCUCCUUCUUCAUGAUGAACUUUCUUAGGAACGUGAGUGUUAAGAACGAGCCAAGCGAUAUUUAUGAAGAAAACCUGCAUGGUGAACCCUCGGGAAAACGGUUAACCUACAAGUAUUUUUUUAUAUAUGUGUAUAUAUGUAUAUACAUACGUAUAUAUACAUAUAUAUAAGGUUUUUUCUAUUGAUAUAUAUAUUAUGUGUCUAUAUUUGUACUGAUGUUUUCUGAGUUCUGUUGAGUAGUUAUGACUUCACUCAAGCACUGAAACCCCUCACCUGGAAGUCUGGGGAUGACCCGGUGGGAUCCGUAUGCAAAUUUUUUUAACAAUAAGAAUAUUGUACGUGGAAAACUUGCCAUUAACAAGCAAACGAACAACAACAAAGACUGGCAGCCGGACGCUGGUGGCUC